AUUCCGAUUCGACGAGUUUUCGCAUACGAUCUCAUAGUUUGUGUUCUGUUUGUGGUAGUUUUUUCUCAACUUGUGUCAUGAAUUUGUCACCAUUAAUUGAACCUUAAGGGUGAUGAUCUGAUGAGAGCUUCCAGCACCUCAAAGCACAAGGACGUACUAGUUCAACACUGACAUAUGCUUAAUCAUCCGUCAAGAUCUUCCAAUAUGGCUGCUUCGUCACUUCCUUUUGACGCUCCAAUUUCACCACCAUCAUACGAGGAAGCUGUACAGUCACCUGCUCCAGAGAUCCCCAGAGUCGAAAUUGCAAGCAAUGAUGAACCUCCACCUUCUUACACUGAGGCUACUAAGGAUGAUGUGUACCCCAGCAAUUAUCUCCCUUCUGAUCAGCCCGAAGUGCAGAGCACUAAUGACCUCACUGGACUUAUUAUUGUUAGUAUAGAAAGGGCUGAUCACCCUAGGCAAGGGAGGCAACCCAGGCUUUUACAUCAAUCCACUUCACAGAACCGGUCACAACCCAGUAGAGAUAGUUCUGGACGUGGAACUUCACCGUCUGACCCUCGGUCACAAACUGCAGCCAGGAAGAAGUGGUCAGUUUGUUUGCUGGGAGCAGUAAUGGGAGUGUUUGUUGUGGCGGGUCUCAUCGCAGCGUCCGUGCUCCGCCACUAUCCGUCUUCCUCUAAUGGCUCAACCAACCAGGAACCAACAUUCAAGUUUGACUAUCCUACUGUUGAUCCAGCAAUUUUAAAAGAAAUUGACAAUGCUAAAAAAGAUAGUGACUUUCUAAAAACAUUAUAUUCAACUCACAGGCCUUACUAUCUUGAUAGGUUUGGACAUAAUACUACUCCAGAUCCUUUUCUUGAUUGGAACUGGAGCUCGAAAUUAGAAACCGAAAAACCUUUGACUUUUGAAGAAGAGAUCAAGAAGCUGGAAAAGAAGCAAGCUAACAGUAACUGAGUGGAGUCUCAGUGGAGCCAUUGUGUGUGAACUGUUGGUGUGAGAUGAACUUCGGUCACACUGGCCGUUAUCCAUUCUAAUAAAUAUUCUGUUGGCAUCAAUUUUAACACAUGCUUUUUGGGGUAUAUCGCCAUGUAAAAUAUUCCUGAUAUUUAGAAGUACAGGAGAUUUUUUUAGUGUAUUUUUUGUCAUGGACGAUCUUCAUAUGUCUGUGCUGUUCAAAGCAGGAUUAAGCCAUAUCACUGUCUCGAACUUGUACACAUGUAAGGGCCGUGGGUAAGGUGUUUGCUUGUAUAAUCAUAUACUAGUAAUCGGAUUUUGUCCCAACAGAACUCACAAACCCAUUGGUAUCCCCUUUGAUAUGGCAUAACAUUCUGGACAUUCAUUCACCCUCAUGGGUUUAAGGCUGUGACGAGUUAAAGAUUCUCAUAAGGAUGUUUUAUAUCAGUAAAGUGCUACAGCUGUUUAAUUGUCAGGUAAUAUUGUCUUUUGUAAGUUGGUGACCUGUUUUCCGGUAAGCAUGCGAUUAGCAAGAAAACGUCGGAUGUUCUUAAAGUGUCCAAAACCAAUAACAUGAUGAUAGAACUA